AUCGUUUGCGUAUAUGAAAUGCCACUGACCUAGGGUUUCAUUUGUUAUCCACUUCGAAAUAUCUCAGUCUCUUUUCUCGAUUUGCUUAGCACUCCUUUUUCUAAGCAGCAAGCAGAGAUGAAUGUGGAAAAGCUAAUGAAGAUGGCCGGCUCUGUCCGAACUGGGGGAAAGGGUACCAUGAGAAGAAAGAAGAAGGCUGUUCAUAAGACAACCACGACAGAUGACAAAAGACUUCAAAGCACCCUGAAAAGAAUAGGGGUGAAUGCUAUACCAGCAAUUGAGGAGGUCAAUAUUUUCAAGGAGGAUGUAGUAAUCCAGUUCACUAACCCUAAAGUUCAAGCAUCUAUUGCUGCCAACACUUGGGUUGUUAGUGGCUCUCCUCAGACCAAGAAAUUGCAAGACGUUCUCCCUCAAAUCAUUCACCAAUUAGGUCCAGAUAACUUGGAGAAUUUGAAGAAACUGGCAGAGCAGUUCAAAAAUCAGAUGCCUGGUGCAGCUGCUGAUGCAGCUCAAGAACAAGAUGAUGAUGAUGUACCAGACCUUGUGGCUGGCGAGACCUUUGAGGCUGCCGCAGAGGAGGGCCAUGAUCAUGAUCAUGACCAUGACCAUGACCAUGACCAUGACCAUGAUCAUGGUCAUGGUCAUGAUGAUCAUGGUCAUGCUUAAGAGCUCGAUAUUGAUUUUGUGUGCAAUUCCUUGUAUUUUUAUUUUUUUAAUGCUUUUGAGAUGUUUAUUAUGAAAAUACUAGACAGUUUGUUACAUUAACAUAGCCCUUCAGAUCAUUAUCUGCCAUAAAUGAUUUAUAAUGACGGGGGCAAUCCUCAUAUCUUUGGACUUCUACUGGAAGGUUGGUUUUUGUCUUUGUAAGUUAAGAUUUACCAGGACUUGUUAAUCUUAGUGAAUGGGCGAGCCAGGGCUUGUCAUCAUUAUC